CGCCUCGACGACGUCUCCGCGAAAUGAACGUACGCGCGUGAUCGGUCUCUUAUCCCCGUGAGUUGUCAAGUAGGUAGUAGUACUCAUCACCAAGGUGUUCGCGCAUGGUCCGGACCCUUCUCGUUGUUUGUAUCCCCGUCCCGCGUCGGCUAACGCGGUCCGGUGAUAGAAACGCGUUUUUGUUGCGUGUAAACGAGAAACAUUCGGUUCGCGUAACGUCUCCGAGAAAUUAUGUGAACCACACACACACACACACACACACACACCCGAGCACCGGAGGUACAUACCACCGCACUGUCUCUCUGCUACAAUGACGCUGAAGAGCAGCGUCCAUUAGCAACGUUCUUUUAUUUUCCAGAUUAAAGCUAGGUCCCAGAGGGCCUAGCAUGGGCUACCAUGAAUCCGCCCGCGGUCAGCAAAUCAAGCACACGUGGUUCUGGAUACCAUCAGAAGGCAUUAGCUGAGAUUCGCAACUCGUUGCUACCGUUUGCCAAUAUCGGCGGAGCCGGUGAGGUGGGCUCGAGUGCUGCUAGCACCAUUUCUACCGUGUCCACUACUAGCGGGAUCAGUUCCGCUUCCGGUCUCAGCGGACUAUCCGGUGCUUCCGGUUCCACUGCUGAUAAGCAGGAUCAGCGACAAGCGUUAGGACAACUGUUAGCCAUGGGCUAUUCAGAGGAAAUAGGAUUGCGCGCCCUCAAGUUCGCAGGAUGGCGGUUGGACGCGGCAGUAGAGUAUUUGAAGCAGGCUCAAGGGGAAUCUCUGAACGGUUUCAGCAAACUCAAUACCAAACUCAUGAGAAAGCCGAGUCUCGAGAGAGAAUUGAAUUUGCAACGCGGCAGUCCCGCUUUGGACAGCGGGGCCGGUAGUUCGCGAUCCGACAGUCCGCGUCUUACGGAACUCGGCACGCAUCCGCAACUGAGUCGUCAGUACUCGCCCAGUAAUUUUGUGGAACGCGAACCACCGCCACCGCCGCCUCCACGAUGUAGUUCUACACCGCCGCCGCCGCCGCCGCACGCGCCUUACAAUCAGCCUAACGUGCCGACAAAUAUGCAGCAAAUGCUCAAACGAAUGUCACCAGCGCCGGUUGUGCCGACGAGACCGGCCGUGACAACGGCCGGCGCGUCCGGGACCGCGUCGUCGGUAAAUCCACCGCAACGCGGCACCAGUCCGGUUGCGAACGCCAAUAACUCGGGCAGUCGUCAGCCGAUGAUUGUGCAAAACGGGCCGCAGGUGCAGCAGCAACUGACGCAGCAGAUGCAGGCGCUCAGCAUUUAUCAAACGAGCGGCGGCAACACGAGCACCCAAGUCGAACCGCCACCACCGUAUCCCAUAGUUCCAUCCUCAUCCGCCGGUCAACCAAUUCAACCGCCUUCCUAUAGCGCCUCCAUACAGAAUCGCCAGAGUCCCACGCAGUCACAGCAAGAUUAUCGCAAGAGCCCGUCGUCGGGCAUUUACUCGGGCCCUACUUCAGCCGGUACACCCAGUCCCAUUACCGUAUCCACAAUACCGCCCAGCAGCACGCAGACGUCGAUGGCACGUCCGACACCGUUACAAGCAUGGGGUGCACGGCAGGCCAAAACGCAACCGCCGAUAAUCAUGCAGUCGGUCAAGAGCACGCAAGUGCAGAAACCCGUGUUACAGACCGCGAUCGCGCCCACGGCACCGCAGUCAAUUUCCACCACCACCAGCAACACGCCUCCGCCGCCGCCUUCUUACGCGUCGUCCAUUCAACAGAAACAACCACCUACUUAUCCACCUGUGAGCAACAUCGUCACGUCGCCUGCCAACAUACCGACGACGGAACCACCGAGCUACGCAACCACGAUGCAGGCGUUGGCAGCGCAGCGCGGUAUGCAUCAUUCGUUACUGCCACCGCCUUACACCACUCCCGCUGAAGACACAGUCUCCUCCACGAUGGAGAGCGGUAACGCUACUCGAACCUCUCCCGUUGCUCAUCAUCCACCGCUCCAAAGGAAAUACUCGCCGGCCGAUAAUUGCCAUAUUGGAGCAAUGGAUGCGCUACCUUUGCCACAGGUCGUAUCGACCGCCAUGUCCGCGAGGAAUAACAACCACUCGUCCUUGCCCGAAAGCAACGGCGGCGGCAAUGGCGGCAGUGUUAACAAAGCUAGUGGCGGUACUAAAGGCGAUAACGGCGGCGGUAGUGGCGGUGCUGGUAGUAGUGAUAACGGUGGUGGUAGCGGCGGCACAACCGCCACCGAUGCCGGUCCUGGUCCCGGCGGUGGUCCCGGUGGUGGUUCCGGUGGUGGUAUUAUCGGUCCCGGUGUUGGUGGUUGCGGUGCGGGUGGUGGUGCACCCUCGUCUUACAAAAUUAAGCACCAGUCUCCCAUACCCGAGCGCAAAACAAUGAGUAUCGAGAAGGAAGAGGAGCGCAGGGACUGCAAGGUGAAAAACUAUUCUCCUCAGGCGUUCAAGUUCUACAUGGAGCAACACGUGGAGAACGUCAUCAAGUCGCACAGGCAACGUAUUUACCGGCGCUUGCAGUUGGAGAACGAGAUGGCUAAAAUCGGUCUGAGCGAGGAGGCGCAAUUUAUGAUGAGAAAGAUGUUGUCGCAAAAAGAAUCAAAUUACAUCAGACUGAAGCGAGCGAAGAUGGACAAGUCGAUGUUCACGAAGAUCAAGCCGAUCGGCGUGGGCGCGUUCGGCGAAGUCACGCUCGUGAGGAAGCUCGACACAAAUCAGUUUUACGCGAUGAAAACUCUGCGCAAAGCCGACGUGUUGAAUCGCAAUCAAGUGGCGCACGUGAAGGCGGAGCGCGACAUAUUGGCGGAGGCUGACAACGAAUGGGUCGUCAAGCUCUAUUACUCGUUUCAGGACAAAGACAAUUUAUACUUUGUAAUGGACUACAUACCGGGCGGUGACUUGAUGUCGCUGUUGAUUAAACUCGGUAUUUUCCAAGAACCGUUGGCCAGAUUUUACAUAGCCGAGCUCACAUGCGCGGUCGAGAGCGUUCACAAAAUGGGUUUUAUUCACAGAGACAUCAAACCGGACAACAUACUGAUAGAUCGCGACGGACACAUUAAGUUGACCGAUUUCGGUCUUUGUACGGGAUUUCGCUGGACUCACAAUUCUAAAUAUUACCAGCAAAACGGUCAUGGUAAACAAGAUUCAAUGGAUCCAGCUGACGAUUGGAACAACGAGUGUCAAUGCAUACAGUUGAAACCGUUGGAACGCAGACGACACAGGGAACAUCAGAGGUGUUUGGCGCAUUCUCUGGUCGGGACCCCGAAUUACAUAGCGCCGGAGGUUUUACAGCGCACGGGAUACACGCAGUUGUGCGAUUGGUGGAGCGUGGGAGUAAUUUUGUACGAAAUGCUGGUCGGUUCUCCACCGUUUCUUGCCAAUACGCCCGCUGAAACUCAGUACAAAGUAAUUAACUGGGAGACGACUCUUCACAUACCGCCGGAAGCGAAGCUGUCGCCCGAAAGCACGGAUCUGAUACUGAAGCUAUGCGUAGGCGCGGAUCGUCGAUUGGGUAAAAACGCGAGCGAGGUUAAGAGCCAUCCGUUUUUCGCGAGUAUCGACUUUGAGAAAGGACUACGGCGUCAAAUGGCGCCUCACAUACCGCGCAUCGAAUAUCCGACCGACACGAGCAACUUCGAUCCCGUGGAUCCCGACAAGUUGCGAAACUCCGAGUCAUCGGACUCGAACAAAUCGGACGAGCUGCUCGACAACGGGAAGCCCUUUCACGGUUUCUUCGAGUUCACGUUCAGACGGUUUUUCGACGACAACGGCGGUCCGGUGUAUCCUAGUCGAAUCAGUUUGGACGAUAACGACAAUCAAGGUCCCGUUUACGUAUGACAUUAGGCUAAUUAAGUUGACGAAAGUGAGCCUUAAGUUACUGUAUAAAAAGUAUAUAAUCGUCGGAAACGUCUAAUUUUUUCUCUUGCUUGAAUAUAUAAUAUAAUAGAGUAUAACAGAUGAAUAUUUAAAAGAGAGAAAACGCGUGAAAAAAUUUAAUCGUUUAAACAUAGUGUGAACCUUUACUUUUGCAUUACUUAGAAGACCUGCUUAAUUAAUCUUAUUAAAAAAAUAUAAACCUAUGUAUUAUAUUUUCAAACUGUUAUCGCGGGAAUUACACGAAAAAAAAAAGAAAAAAAAAAGAGAAAGAGAGAAUCUCCAAACUAGUAGCGGUGUGUUUUUUAACAAAGCUUACGUACGUGAUAAGCAUAAAUAUGUUUCGCAAAGAAAUCUCUUUGUGUGUGAAAAAAUCAAAUCGCAUCUAAAUUUACAAAAACAGGUUGAGAGAAAUGACAUCGCCAACUAAAUUCGCAUUAAAUCUUACAGGAUUCUCAAAGGUUGCGUAGAACAGGACUGUGUAUAGAACAAACGCAAACAGAGAUGGUUUGCUAAUUUAUACGCUGAUUGAAAACGAUUUCACUUGAUCUCCCUUGACUUUGAAGCCCGGGAAAAAAAAAGUCCCGCGCGUGGUAUCGGGUUAUAUAAAUAAUUUCUAUACGCGAGAGAGAUCAGAUGCUGAUCUCUCUCUCUCACACACGAUUGUGUGCAAUUUAUACAUAAUCAAGAUACAAAAUUUGUCCGUGUGUCGAAGACACACUUUGUUUCCGGUAGGUGUUUCAACCGAGUGUUCUUCGUCUAACAUAUUGAAGAUUACGUUCGCUUCCAGUUCUAAAAGUUUCAGGCGUCGCACACAAGAUAAAAUGAGAUAAAGAUGUGAUGAUAACUAAAUACAAUAAAUUAUGUAAAUACAAUUUUUAAUUAUUCGACGACGAUCUUCGAUAUUGGUGGGGCGAAGAUGCGUAUAUAUUUUGCCCCUUUUAUCGAAGAUAAUGUCAAUGAACAAUUGCACUUGCAGGAUUUGUUGCAGUUACCUAUCGCGUAUCUUUUCUCUUUUCUCUUCUGAGGAUCUCUCGUGAUCUUUAAACGAACUAGAAGCGAGACACGCCUCUUUGAUAUUGGGAUAAAAAAAAACGCUCUCGGUCUUCUCUCUUUUAUUUAUUUUUCACGAAUCGUUGAAACGAACGGGAGUCGUGUCUCUCGAUUCGCGCAAUUGCCUUUUUCUUGUCUCCCUGUUUUUCUUUCUUUUUUUUUUCUUUUCUUUUUUUUAACGAUAUGCGAUUUUAGUGUGCGAGUGUGCGUUGUGUGUACAUAUACCCUACAAAUCAACGAAUAUAACGUAUUUCGACGCGACGAUAAGUGAAAGAAGUGAAAUAAUCGUUGGCUACAAGCGACAUGUAUAAUACGACGUAUUUAUUGAAAAAAAAAAAAAAAAGAAGAAAGACCAUUUUGCCUGAAAAAUUUUUUUUUUAUUCGUUCGUAUUGGCAUUGGAAAAAAAAUAUAUCGAGCUCCUAAUAAUGUUUCAAACAAGUACUGUGAUAUUGUUACACAUGAUUAGAAUAAUACGGCUUUUAAAUAAACGUGUCAAUUUUAUUUAACACAUAUGUAAUAUCUACAUAUGUAAUAUAUCAAUAACGUAUCGUCUUCUAAUUGUAUAUCAAAAAUUUAAAGAAAAAAAUUACUAUUAUAUUAUAUAU